UCUUUAAAUGUAUUAUUUGAUUGCUUGACACAUUAUAUAAUGACAGCUUCGUAUUUUACGCGAGAGUGAAAAAGUGUGUAAUCAAUUGCAAACCUACAUUCACUUUUAUCAUGUCACAAACUUCGUUACUCGAAAUGUAGUCAGUUAAAAUGAAGUGUCACCAACUCUGUCGAAAUGUAAUUAAGGUUCAUUCAUCUCAACAGAGAUGUUGCGAUGAAAGAGCUUGCAGAUGAACUGGUCGCUGCAGGUCGAAGUUUUUAGCUCGAAGAAUCAGUAGUGCUAUUCAGAAACGAUAAAUGCUCAUUAGCGGGUCAUUGAGCGGGCUGAGAGAUUCCUAUCGAUGAUAAGCAAGAAGCUCGGACGAGCGUCUUUUUUCUGAAAGUAUAAAACAUUGUCUAGACUCCACAGAUGUUUUACCCCUGGAACAACAGUAAUAAAGCGGCGGCAAAGAUAUCCUAGAGUAACGAAACAUGAAGCAGUGACCGCUGGGUCUGGACACCGCUUUAUAGCUUCGGACGCUUGUCCUCGAGUUUUUCAUUAAGCCCCGGGGGAAACAACUUACUUUCGCUUCAUAGAAAUGGUCCUAGGAGACGUGCAUCGCUUCAACCAAUUUCCAGCCUCAUCUAAAGCCUACGACAUCGUAACACUUUGCAAAGCAGGGGGAGAGAAAAAACGUCGAUAUCAAGCAGAGAAUGCAGUCUGCAUCCCCACUGAACCGUGCAGGUCAGAGGUCACGCCGCAUGCGCACAUGAUUUCAGUUGAACAGAUGUCAUGAGACAGUCACGUAUUCUUACGAAACGCGAAGAGUGUAGAAGUGUAGACCUUGGUCUGACCGUCGGUCAUAUCAAACAGGUAUGUAGGAAAAACGGUGAUUUUUGGUUUAUUUAUUUUUGCUUUUUUUCACUCGGUUUUUUUUUUUUGUUUUUUGUUUUUUUUUUUUUUCACCGUCGGUUGGUAUAUCACGCGUUCGUUCGAUGAUUGCUGUUUCUAUAGCGUUCGAUCUGUAAGCAGUUUCAGUACAGCUGCGGGAAUGAAAUGCCCGUCAACCCCGGGGGAUCCUGGUGUCAUCAGAGAAGCCAUGGAGGCAAUAAUGGACUGCCAAAAAAGACAAAACUAUAACAGUUAUAACCAUAAGUAUAACAGUUAUAACUAUAACUAUAACAUGUUCUUGAAUCAUUUUAAUCUACAGGUGUCGUUUGCACAUAGUCAAAGGCAGGGGUCCAAAGUAGGAACGACUUUGGUCACGUGAUCCAACACAGCUGGUUAGCGAUAUGACAGGCACUUUUUUGUUUGCGCCUCGCCUGUAGCUGAUCAGACAAGCAUUAGCCGGAAAUUCCAUUGACAAUGUCAUAUCAUUUAUCAUCAAGUAAGUAAUCACACAUCCUUUCUCGCAAGAAUAGUAUAGGAAUCAAUCUUUUGGUUAAACAAGGAGAGGGUUUGGCUCCGUUGGAGGUAAAAUCAGUUUUCGAUGUUAAUAUCACAGACAAAAAUUUAGGCUUUUGCAGAAAUACAUGUUAACCUCUAGAAUUUAAUCGACCCUAGGCAGAUUCGCUAGUGACGAAAAGAUUAAAGUAGUCUCCUUACCUUUCGUUUGUUUGGAGAGUGAUUGUUAAAAAGAGCCUACAUUUUUCAUUUGGGGGUGGGUAGCAUUAUUUAGUGAGUGCGGCGCCCAUCUCCUUCCCUAACCGUGGGAUCAGUAACCGUUCAACGCCUGGGUUGAAAAAAAGAAAUCGCUUCGCCUAACGAAUAUCAAUACCGAUUGGUGUGUACGUGCGUGCAUGUGUGUGUCUCUCUCUCUCUCGCGCGGGGCAAUUGAAAAGAGCUUAAAUUAAAGGGAGAGUGAGUGAAAGAAAUCGCGAUAAAAAAUUUGACUCUUCUGUUAUACACGAGCUCAGUGGGCGCCACAUUCGCAGAUGGUGGACAUGGAGCACAAGUAAUUCUUUUGAGUCGGAAUUCAGAUGUCGUAUAAUUACUGUUCAGUAUAAAUAGCUGCGUAGUCAAGAGCAGGCUUAAAACUAGGCGUUUAUAAGUUCAUCGCGAGUGCGACUUGUCAUUCAUCAGCCACUGCAACCCUCGCGGUGAAGGGGUAACAACAAACAAUGAGUAUUUCUCUGUACACAGUAGCCUGGGUCGUUUCAACCGCCAGCCAACCAAAGUGCAGCAGACCCUUAAACUCUUGCACUUGAGUACACGUCCAUCAAUUUUUUUUUUUUUUUUUUGACCGUUGACUGCGCCUGAACAGCCAUCGACCGGAGGGCUGACGUCCUGCGUUAGUAUAACUACCUGCCUCCUCCGAUGGAUGUAACGAUAUUUAUCAGGUAAAUACUGAUUUCUGUCCAGAAUGUUACUCGUGAUUUGCCGAGUCAGUGUAUUCAACCUGCAAACCUUUCAGCAGGCUGUGUGUGCCUGCGAGAUGGAGGCGUGCUAAAUAUACGUUUGUAUGUUGCGUCACUCAUGGCCGCGAUCUCAACUUUCAAACGGUCCAGUGCUACAGAUCAGCGUUUUGGAAGAGAAUGUUGACUACAGUAUAAUGCAAACAAAGUUGUCGCUGACAGAGAAGCAGAGUAUCAUCAGACCUUGGUGAAACGGCCAGCCGUGCUCCACGAAGGAGCUUGAACACAAGAGUUGUCCUGUAGUCAUGGCAACACACAGGCCGGAGUCAGAGGCGAUAGGAAGGAGACGCUGGUUGGUAGUUGUAUCGUGUUUUGUCAGCGCACUGGCCACGGGGUCGGCGAGCUACCACACGGGAGUCCUGUACGUCGCGCUGCUGGACGUCUUCCAGAAGGACGUGGUCACCACGUCGUGGCUUGGCGCCAUCUACUCCUGCACCUUCGCCCUGUCCGGACCGCUUGCCAGCACGGUGGUCAACAGGUUCAACUGUCGCGUCUCUCUUGUCUUGGCGGGCUUGCUGCACUUUCUUGGUCUGGGCAGCUGUUACUUCAUCACCAGCUUCCCGCUGCUGUAUCCGGCCUUGAUUAUUGCCGGGAUCGGACAGGGCCUGUCUAUAACUGGGACCAGCAUUUCCUUGCUGUACCACUUCCCAGAUAAGAACACACUUGUCAGCGGAAUCUGCGUCUGCGGGUCUGGCCUUGGCGUCUUUAUUCAUCCUUCUCUUAUGCAGGUGCUGCUGGAGACGUACGGCCUACACGGUGCCCUGCUGAUCGCGGGCGCCAUCGGACUGCACUCCGUGCCCUGUGGCCUCCUGAUGCCCCUCUCCCGGUUCGAACGUGACCGCCGGAAAAAUCGACAAGACCAAGAGACCAGCAGCCUCUGCGCAUGUCCGAAUGUUGCGUCAUACCUUUAUGUCAUCACCUACCUGCGCUUCCUGGUGUACCUGAUAAGCUUGUUUAACGUCUCGGUGGCGGCUUCCAGUUAUUACCUAUACGUCCCCAAGUAUCUGAUCCUCAACGGCUAUUCUCACCUGAAGGCGUCUUUCAUCAUUUCCUUCACUGGCGUCGGCAGCAUCAUCUCGCGCCUCCUCUCCGGCGUGGCUUCCCUCGACCCCGGCGUGGACAAUAUCCUCAUCUAUGGCGGCAUCAUCUUCAUUGCCGCUCUCGUUGCAUUCCUUAUUCCAGUGACCGUGAAUUCAACUGUGGCUCAGUUCGUGUUGGCCGUGCUGUACGGACUGUACACUGGAGGCUCGUAUGCCUUGUUGGGGCCGCUGGUGUUGGAAAUUCUUGGAGUGAGGCAUGUUUCCACGGGCACAGGACUGUGUAUGUUCGCUGCUGGCAUUGGAUCCUUAGUCGGUCCGCCCAUCUCUGGUAUGAUUUAUGUUGCGCAGCAUAAUUUCCAUCAUGCCUUUUAUUUUAUAGCGAGUCUCUUCGGCGCUGCAAGUGUUUGCGCCAUGUGCACCGCCUUGUUUCCCAGACGAGAAGGCGACGCCCGCGCUGGAGAGUUACCAGCCUUAGCUCUGACGUCACGCUUGCAAGACGGAAGUCCUCUCCUGGAUAAUGGGGUUGUCGUCGUUGUCGUUGAGGACGGCCAGCUGGAAUUAGCGGCUGACACGGAAUUCCAGACAGCCUCUAGGGAGCCGUUUUUAGACCAUCGAGGAAUUAAGGAAGGUUUCCCAUUGUUGGAGGAUAGAACAGACCCCGUGGACGAGAAGGUGGCUAGCGCAAAUCAGACUUGAUCACGUGACGCUUGACUAUAGUUUGGAGUAAUGAAGGUGCGGCUUGUGAAGGGGCAUUGAUUGCCGAAGAUUAUUUUAAAACUUUAUCAGGCUGCAAGAAAGAGCAGGGUUUAACAGGAAAUAAAAGUAGUCAAAUGACUUCAGGAAUGAAGGGGGAAUUAAAAGUGAAACAUAGUAAUAAUAAAGUUUAUAUUUUUAACGCGGUAUCCCUAGGACCAGCCAAGCUUGAAUAAGCUCUUGACAUACACACACAGGUGCAAGCAUUGCUAAAGGUCAUCAAUUCCUGUUAGGCGCGAAGAGUGACUUUCUUUGCGUGCACACAACCCACAUACAAACAAGCAUGCACACAAGACAUCCCCAGACUUAAAAGAAAACCAGAAUACUCGGAAAAAAACCACCGACGAUUAGCUUUGCAAGCAGAGAGCGGUGUGUCGGAACCGGGAUACGAACCCAUGACAACCGAUUCUCACUGUCAUAGUGAAGUCCUUUAGUCAGUGCGCCACCAACCGCCUCAAACAUUCGCCAUGAAGCGAUUCGCCGAAGGAUGUUUAUUGUGUGAUUGUGCUCGGGUGCUGUUCUUCGCAUGUAUUGUGGCGGGAGAUGAUCUCUUGCCAAAAUGGCCUUGACACGCAGAAACAUCAGUGGAGCGGGCAACACAAAGAUCAAUAGCCGUUUCUGCGUUUUUGAGAAAGAGGGAUAAAGAGAAAAAAUGAAUAUGUCAACUGUCUUGUCUCCAUUGCAGCUGCCAUUAGACUGACAUCAGCCACGCCAAUGCGGUCAGUUUACAAACGGAGACAAUAGUCUAACCGGAUCUGCCAUCCGAAGACGAAGAAAUCAAGAAAGACGAAUAGAAAAACCUAGAAAAAGGAAUUGAACAUAAUGAAGUCUACUUACUGACUCUUGAGGCUAAAUAUCAGUUAAAUAAAGAGACAAACAUAAUGGAGUAAACAGAAGGCAAAGGUAGCAGGUUAGUAGAGGAGGGAUUGAGCGUAUGCGCGCGUGUGUGAGGGAGAGAAAGAAUAAACGAGAGAAUAUCGGAUGAGAGAAAAAGCGAUUUCGAAAAGCCCAAAUACGAUGAGCUCUGUUCAUCUUUAUAUCAGCAGGAAAUAAAAUAUUACUUAAAGGUAAAUGUUAAAGAUAAUCAUAUGUGUGUGUGCGCUCGCGCGCGUGUGCCGGCAUGAGAUAAACAUGAAUGAUAGAAAGUAAAUGAAACGAGCACAAAAA